AUGGCUGGUACUGGUUUGGGGGAUGUGUUUUCUAUUUCACUCAGCCGACGGGAGGGAAAACCAUCUUAUCCAUGCCGAAAGGAAGACCUGCCGGCUGGUAUCCUGAGACUGGAAGCUUACCUCUCGCCUGUCAGACCUGUCAACGGGGUUAUGGGCCGCGGCAGUGAUGGGCUGCGGCGUGAGCCUGGUUUAGGAGUGCGGGAACCUUUCUCCUUCCAGUCAAUUGCUUCAGCGGACAUGGAUUUGAAUCAGCUGGAGGCUUUUCUCACCGCCCAAACCAAAAAACAAGGUGGCAUCACAGCCGAUCAAGCUGCAGUCAUUGCAAAAUUCUGGAAGAACCACCGAGUAAAGAUCCACGAGAGCCUGAUCAAUCAAAGCCGUUGGGAUAAUGUCUUGAAAAACAUGAACUGGCGAGUGGAUCUGAAGUCACAGUCAAGACACAUCGAUCAGAUAAAUGCUCCUGUUGCAAUAGUUGAAAUGGAAUUGGGAAAAAAUGGGCAGGAAUCGGAGUUUCUCUGUCUGGAGUUUGAUGAGGCCAAGGUGAGCCAGAUGCUGAAGAAACUCUCGGAAAUAGAGGAGAGCAUGACUUUGUUGACUCAGACCACUUAACCAAAUAAAGAAAUUGCAACUC